AUGUCUAAAGAAAAUCGCCAAGUGACUGGAUUUGAAUCGCUCUACGAUGUUGGUGAUGAAAACUUCUCGCUGUGUAAAUCUCUAGAGGUGGGUCCCAUCGCUCUCGUCGUUUCUUCUUCUUCCUUUUUUUCAGGAGGAUUGCAUGCACAAAAAAAGAACCGGCCUGAUCGCAGGUUAUACUGCGAGAACAACUGCUUGAUCUAAAAGACAUAAAUCAGCAGCUUGGCUCCGAUGCGUACCCGACACUGAGAUCAGUGUCGAAGAUAAAUCAAAACAAAAACAGAAAUAACAAGUUAACGGAACAUAUUCCAGAAGGAAAAACUAGAAGGCGUUUCUAAAGGUUUGUUUCUUUUUUUUGUUGACUACCUGUAGGCGUUUCACAGCGCUAGCGGACAAGUGUUGCAACGUGUUCGAGUUGAUAGGUAAGUUGAGCUGAGUUUUGUAAGACGUACAUGGCUUAAUAGCCAGUUAAUAAAUAAAUAAAUAAAUAAAUAAAUAAAUAAAUAAUUGAAUAAAUGCUAAAUAGAUAAAAAAGAAAUGACGCCCUCAAAAUAGAAUUCGCCAUUUGCACAUCUCUUAUAAUACACCUUGUUUUGACCCCUUCCCCCCGAAAAAAAAUAAAUAAAUAAAUAAUUGCACAAACUUUGUUUUUUAUUUUCCUGAGUAUUACAGCCGUCCCAAGAGAAAUUAAAAACAAUACUUAAGCAAAAUUUUGGGGGUCAAACAAGGUGCAUUUUGGGAGAUGUGCAAGUGAGAAAUACGCCUUUUAAAAAAAAUACCAUAAUACUCUUUAUCGUCCUUCAAAAAUUUAGAAUAAGCUUUGUUUUCAAUUUCUCUUGGGAGAAAUCGCCCCAAAAGAAAUUGAAAACAAUGCUUAUGCAAAAUUUUGGAGGAACAACAAAAAGUGUUAUGGUAUUUUUGAAAAAAAAAAGGCUUAUUGGUGAAUGCAUUUUUUCAAAACGUUUCUUGGUGACAUACUUGAAGUCCGAAAAGACACCCCUUUCGGGCGGAGCCUCCCCGUAAAGGCCGUUAUAGGGAGUAAUCCCCACCCCCCUUUCUUGGCGCCCUUGCUUUCGCAGAAACAGUAUUUAAGUUUCAGGCCGAAUGAUCUGGAUCAUUCAUCAUCAUGUUCUCAGACAUAAAAAGAAGUCCGUGUAGCUCUACAUAAAAAAAUACCGUGCUAAUCUCAUCCUUUCACUUUCCAGCUCGUCCCUGUCCUAUUGAAAGGAGCUUUUUUCAUCAUAGAGUAGUAAUAUAGGCUAUAUCUAAUACGGUAGUUUGAAAUCUUUCUUUGACAGUGAAUCUCAAGAUAUUAUGGGACGGCAACGGGAUCAGCAACAGGCGGCCGCGGGAUUGUCACCUUCGUCCUCAUACAGAGCGACUUUAACAAGAAGGAGUUCUUGGAUAAGGGAGGAAGACAAUCGAGAGGAGAAUACCUCUUCUUUCAAUGACUUAGGUGGGAAGUUAAAUUAAAAAGCCCUUUUACUCUCACUUUUGUAAUCACUUUCUUUUUCUAAGAUAAUUAAAGCAAAGGAAAUUGAAAUGAUUUAUUUCAAUGAUGCAAAGCCUCCGCCAAAGGCAGUUAGUUGGUAAAGACAACGAAAUUGAUGUCACACGGGUAGCCCCACCUUUGAUGCCUGGUCUAGCAGACCGGGCAACGUGUUCAUCUUAAAAUGAGAGAUUAUAUGGACAGGCGGGUUUACCCACCUAAGAGCCUAGGGUUCCCCACCUCCACGUGAACAUUCCCUUAACGUGACCAUUCCCUUAACGUGACCAUUCCGGCAACGUUUAUGAAUCCGGAAAAUGUCCUUUAAUGGGGUCAUACGUUUGGCUAUAUACGGUUCAAUUCGCGCCAAAAUCAUCCUCAGAGUAUUCAUUUUCACACAAACUUUAUGAGAAGAACGAAGAGCCCCUGGACACUUAUUCUUACCAAACAGUUGCAAAAGCUUAAAAGUCCCCUGCUUCUGAUUGGCCGAAAAUCCAUUUUCUGAUCUAUCAACAGGUUUUUCAAAUUUUAAGUAAUGACGUGCCCAGGGCUCUCCAGUUCUCCGUGUAAAUUCGCCUGUUUUUAUCCUACCCCAAUCGGCUGUCCCUGAGCUUCCGCGAAUGCGCCAAAAUAAAAGAAUAAAUUCCAGCUUCUAGAUCAGUCUCCUCCCAAGAGCCUUCGUCACCCUUGUCCAGCGGGUGAUCCUUGGCGCUGGCCAAAAGGUAGGCAGCCUCAUGCAGAGAGUGGUAUUGCUUCUGGAUAGUCAAAACGUUAAUUACUUUCAUGUAUAGGAGAAGUACCCUCUUUUCAUGUUAACGGGGCGUAUAUUAGAGGUCCUGGGAGAACUUGACCCUUUGUCUUUUCAUAAAUUGUGCUUAGAUAUGCACGUGAAUAAGACGAAAUUUAAAAGAAACAGUUCUCUAGAGCAUUAUCACAUGAUCUGUAUUGGGAGAACAAAACAUACAAGCUAAAGAGGUCUAUUUUUCGUAAACGGGAGCUUUGCUUUAUCUUUCAAAAUCGAGCAGGCCACACUUCAAAAUACAUACAAACCUUCUGGUUUGUUGCAGGCGAAUAUUCACCACACCUUGCAAACCCAACGAAAACAAGGAUAAAGCGACCUGGAGUCCGUCGGCCUAAGAGAAAUGAAUCAAGCGCCGAAAGGCAAAUACCACAAAAACAGUUUGAGAAGCAAGGAGCACAAGGGACAUCUUCCUUAAGCAAGGAGCCUCCUAAGAGGACUUAUAGGGCAGAUGCUGGGACGUCGCUUACAAUAAAGGACAACACCUCAAGAACCCCUUCCAAUUCAUGUACCAAGGACAAGGUGAACAAUCUCCGGGCACGGUUUGAACAAAUGUCCGGCUAA